GAACACGACAACACGAUCUAAGGAACCUUGCUUCGUGGAAGUCUGAUGUUAUUAACAAGUUAAGCAUAGUAUGCAUUGAUAUUUUAUCAAGAAGCGUGAUAGAAAGGUUAUUUAAAUACAUUCUCAAAGGUUUGAUUGAUGCUGUGACAUUUAAUUUUGACAAUGUCUUAUAUGCAUACCCCUAAAAAAUCGGGAAUACCUCGAGAAGUGCUAAAGUGGUUACAAAGUCUUGAUCUGUCGUUUUCUCCUAAAAACGCUCGCAGAGACUUUUCAAAUGGAUACUUAGUCGCGGAAAUAUUCUCUUGGUACUACCCUGAAGACUUCCCAAUGGAUUUUUAUGAUAACGGAGUUUCAUUACAAACAAAAUUUGGGAACUGGUCACAGAUCGAGAGGUUCCUAGCAAAAAGAAAUAUCAGCCUCCACAAGGAAGUCAUUGAUGGGACGAUUCACUGCAAACCUGGAGCUGCAGAAGUUCUGGUUCGGGAGAUUUACACCAUACUGACAAACAGAAAGAUUAAAUCUACUCAUGAAGAGGAGACUGAUUUCACUGACCGUAAUUACCAAGAGAUGUUACCAAUGGUUGCUCGAUCCACAGCUUCGAAAUCUAUCAAAAACAACUUAAGAAUCACUGAGCUUAUGUCCGAACCAGACACUAAUACAAAUAAGCAGAAAAUUCAUGCUAUCAUCCACAUGCAUCUGCAACAGAGGCAGUUUGAGAGAGCAGAGAACCCCAAACGCUUUGAUAUUAAGCCAACACUGGGAGAGCUUGCUGUUAGACUCCCACCAACUUCCCUGCAGUCUCAGCAUUUGGACCCAGAAACCAAUCUGCCAAAGCUGAAAGGAGAAAUCAAGCGCUUGGCAAAGCCAUCACCUUCAGAAAUCAGAAGCAAGAGCAACGUUCAAUUCAAGGAGAUUGAUGUGAGACAGACUAAUAAAAAUGCAUUGAUCUCUCCUGCUGGCUUAUCAUCUCAAAUUAAAGGAAUCUACAAUUGAAUUAGAACCAGGUCUACAGCACUUUGGAAUUCAUCAACAUGGAGUAACAAGAAAUCACCCUUGAAUGUAUAUGUGUGGUUCUUUUAAAGUUUUAUUGAGGUUGGGGGGUUGUCUGAAAUCUUUGCUUCUCAUUUCCUUGCUUUCAAAGGAUGGUGGGGAACAUGGUUUCCAAGAAGUGCAAGAACUCCAAUCUGAUUGUUUCACUGGUUUAUUAUACAGUAUAAUGCAACUUAUGGAAAAUACAUUUUCAUUCAUUGAAAUUAGGUUUUGAAAUAUAUUCAGAACUGUACAACAUAAUAUAUGAAAUAAAGAUGACAAAACUUGAAAUGUGUAUCACUGCUUUCGGUAUGUCAAAAGACUGUAACAAAACUUUGUCUUGUAGAUGUUUUAAAGGCUGUAUUUUUUGACUGAAUAAACCUCCAUUGUACACAAGUCAGAAUUUCUCAGAUCCAUUAAGCAGUUAGGAAUCUGUCAUUUUAGAUGUUGUGAGAGCUCAGAUGUGAUAAGCAGAUACCCAUUAAUAAAACACACACACACACACACACACACACAGAUAGUCAAGUCAUCUGUAAAGUGUUGGAUUCCUGAUUGAAUAAUGCACCUGAUAAAGUGAUGAACUAAUUAGUUGAUGUACAGUAGUUAUAAAACUCAAUAUGAAGAUGUCAAAAAAAGAUACAACAUAUAUCACAUCAUAUGCAAAGUUAUCUUUAAAACUAUAACAUUUGGAAACUGCCACUGCGAUGUAUUUUACUUAUUAAAAUCAGAUAUAAAACUUUUAAAAUAUAAAUGAUCUUCCUAAAUGAAUUUGAAAAAAUACAGAUUAU